ACAUGAAGGAAGUCAAAUGCAAUGGGUUUCUUCUCCUCUACGCCUCACAGAAGGGGAACGCGAAGGCCAUAGCAGAGGACUUGGGAGAGCAGUGUCAAUCCAAAGGCCUGAGCUAUGAACUGAGAUGUUGUAGUGAGAUUGGCAAGAACUUCAGCCUGGAAGAAACUCGGUGUCUUGUGCUGGUUGGGUCCACGACGGGUGACGGCGAACCUCCAGACACAGCUCGCAAGUUCUGGCGUCAGCUGCACAAGAAAGGUCAACCUAGCAAUGUCUUUGGUCACUUGUCUUAUACCAUACUAGGACUAGGUGACACCAAUUACACUAACUUUUGUAAUUUUGGCAAAACUGUUGAUCAGAAGCUCCAGGAUCUAGGUGGUAAAAGGUUUUAUCCAUGUGGAUGGGCUGAUGAUGGCACUGGCCUCGAAAUUGUGGUAGAACCGUGGAUUGAGGGACUUUUUCCUGCACUACAAAAGCACUUCGACAAGAUGGCUGAGGUGGUAGAUGCAUGUAAUCAAGUAGCAUUUGUAGAUAACUCUAGCACUAUGGAGCAAGUGAAUACUAACAGGAAAAGUGUUAAUAAGGACCCUACUAGUGAUGAUCCUUCUCUUUCUCAAAAUGUUCCAUCAUUGAAAAACGAAGAGUCUUUAAAGGCUGAACAUACUAACGAAGAUAAAGAAAUAAAAAGUACUUCACAGAACAGCAGUGAUAAUAUUCUAAAGGGUGACAUAGUAAGCGAAGAUACUUACACCAAAAUAGCCAAAAAAUACAACUUAGAUUUUUUGUCACGUGAUGAAUUGCAGUGCCUUCCAGUGAGAUGUUGUACUUUACCUGCAGAUGCAAAAGUAACCUUACCAGUUCUCCCGUCAGAUUAUUUGAUGAUAAAGUACUUGGAGAAUAGUGAAAAGGAAUCAGGCUCUGAACAUGUACCAGCUUUACCCAGUGCUGCAUCAGAAUUAAUUAAGACAAGUGUGACUUCUAUUAGAAAAUUAACACAACAUAAUUCAGUGAAAACUGCUCUUGAAGUUAGUCUAACAGUUCCUGAAUCCAUGAAUAGCUUUGAUUAUGAGCCAGGAGACUCAUUUGGGAUCAUUGUGCAGAAUAGGGAAGAAGAGGUAGAACUCUUUCUCUCUUUGUUGGGUAUUAGUGAUGUAGCUGAAAAAACAUAUGAACUCUCAGUUGAUCCAAACACCAAGAAGAAGGGGGCUGCAAUACCAAAAUAUAUACCUGUUAGGAGUUCUCUUCAUUAUGUUUUUCAGUCCUGUGUUGACAUUAGAUCAGUUCCUAAGAAACCUUUGUUGAGAAUAUUAGUCCAGUAUACAUCAGAUCCCACAGAAAAGAGACGGUUGCAAGAACUAGUAAGUAAAGAAUGUGCAAGUGAGUAUGUAAAGUGUGUAAGGGAACAAGGGCUUACAUUGUUAGAUUUAUUGUGUAUUUUCCAAACAUGUAAGCCGCCAGUUACAACACUCCUUGAGCAUUUGCCACAGCUCCUACCCAGGGCAUAUUCAAUCACUUCUUCCCCACUUGUUGAUUCUAAAAAAAUAUCCUUUGUGUUUAAUGUUGUUGAUAUGCCAAAAGAGAAGGCUACUACCUUUUCCAGGAAAGGCAUUUGCACAGGCUGGCUUGCCUCUUUAUACAAAACUGUUGAAAUGUCUAAACUAGAAGAGUCUCUGGAAGUUCUGUCAAUCAAAGACAAAGAUCCAGUGUGUGUACCUAUAUACCUUCGGACCAAUCAGAAUUUCCGCCUCCCAGCAGAUGCUUCAAGCCCAAUUAUAAUGAUUGGUCCAGGCACAGGAGUGGCACCAUUUGUAGGUUUCCUACAGCAUAAACAUAAACUCCAGAUAGAUUCUCCAGACAUCUCCCUUGGUGAAUCUUGGCUCUUUUAUGGAUGCCGUCAUGAAGAAAGAGAUUAUCUGUAUCGUGAGGAGCUGGAAAAGUUCAGACAUAGUAAAAUCCUGAGUAAUUUGAUCGUCUCCUUCUCUCGAGACGAUAGUCCUCCAGGCAGUCCAAGAUAUGUGCAAGACAAUAUUCUCAAGUAUGGUGUGGAAAUGGCAUCAUUGAUUACUGAUAAAGCAGCUAUUGUUUAUGUUUGUGGAGAUGCACGCAACAUGUCAAAGGAUGUGUUUGACACUUUUGUUUCCAUACUUAAGCAACACAGGGGCCUAACAGAAAUUGAGGCAAGAAGAUACAUGGCACAAAUGCAACUUGAAAAGAGAUAUUUACAGGAUGUUUGGUCAUAGUUUAGUUAAUAUAUCAUGUUUUGAUGAGUAAAUGUGUAUAUCUGAUAUUUGUUAAUGAACUAAGUUGUUUUAAUAGGUUUAAUAGACUUAUACAUUUAUAUAUGGAAGAUGGAUUUUUAAAAUGUUAUUUAUAUUUAUAUAUAUAGUGUAUAUACUAUAUAUACUUGUGUAUGUGCACAUAUUUAUCUACAUAAACACACAUGUAUGUAUAUACACACUCACAUAACUCUAUAGACAUAUGUAUAUUUAUGUUUAUUGAUACAGAUGUACAGAUGUGCGUUUAUGUUUAUGUAUGAAUGAAAGUAUAAAUGUGGCUGUCCUUGCCGAAGUCAUGUAAGUAUUGGGGUCAGUUUUAAGUCAGGCUUUCUGAGGCAGACUUUCAGAUAAAUAUUCAAAGCAUUGGUGACAUUAAGUUUCAAAUAGCAUCUUAGAAAAUCUGGCUAGAACAUCAUUGGCUCUGGAUUUUGAGUAAUACUGGAGCAGAACCAGUCAGUUUGCUCAUGCAUCAUAACCUUUACAACCUAUCAGCUAACAGAGUACUUUUUGGCUCACCUGGCAGUAUUGGUUGGUCUCGUUCUUUAUCCUUUUGUCUGUUUCCCUAUAACACUAUUUCUGUUUCUCCUUUUCUCCAUUUCUCCUUUUUUCCUUUUUCUCAUUUUCUCCUUUUCUCCUUUUUCUCCCUUUUCUCCCUUUUCUCCCUCUCCCUGUCCCCUCCUUACCCCCUGUCCCCCCUCUCUCCCCUAGUCCCCUUCACUCCUUUUCCCUCUCCCUGUCCCCCUCCUUCUCUCUCCCUCUCCCUCUCCCCUCCCCUUCCAUCUCCCCCUCACUCUUUCUCUCCUGUUCCAUUUUAUAUGCUUCCCUCUGCUCAUGUUUUGAUUCAAGGUGAAUAUACCUAAAUUCAAUUGCAGUUUUCUUUGAAUCCCAGUCAUAUCAUUUGCCUCACAAUUGCAGGUAUAUGUAUAUAUGUUAGCCGUGUGCAUGUAGGUAUGUGAUGGACCCCAGUUUUUACAGUUUUAUAAAGGAGUGUAUGAUCAUUUAUUUUGUUGUGUAUGUUUUGAUAAUUACAUUGAAUGAAUUAUUCAGGGAAUAAUAGCUUAAUCAUAUUGUUUAUAUGUCUUUUGCUUAAUGCAAUUGGUGAUUCAUGGUUUCUAUGAUUUUUUAAAAUAAUGAUUAUAACAAUAAACAGAUUGUCAGUUGCAUUAAGCUUAUGGCUUUAUAAGUGAUCAACGAAACUUCUUUUAAAUGUUAACUUGCCCUUUUUACAUACAUUUUUCUUGAAGAUAUAUUGCAAAUGCAUUGAAAUGAUUUUGCUAUUUUAUAUGGAAAAAAAUAUAUGGUUUUGCUUUAUAUUGGAUUGUAUUAUAAACUAAAUUACAUACCAUUAAUCAUGAUAA